AUGGUCGGUCUGUCGAUUAUUUGGGCGUUCCCUUUGCCGUUCCGUGACUUCGUCGGGAUCCCAACAUUCUUCACACUGCUGACAGCCACCCACGUUUGGACACUGAGGUCGAGGCUGCGUCACUACUACCGGAAGAUGAUCAGGUACAUCCCUCUCGUGUGUGCGCAGGCCUCCACGCUCUUCAUUUUCCAGGGGUUGGAGAUAUUGUUCGCCAAUGUCCCUCAAGAAGCCCAAGGCGUGAUCACCGUCACGUUUCCGCUUCUGCGCGCGUUCAUGAAGCGGAUGAUCUGGACCUUCGCAGACUGCCUAGACGACAUCAGCACGGACGUGACGGUCUGUGUCGUGGAGAUUUUCGGCUCACUUUUCCAAAAUGUCUGCGUGCAGAACGCGCGAUCGCCUGCAAUCGGUGCGCUUAUCAUCAUCGUCGACUUCGCCCAAGCGCUUUUGGAGGUGUACAUGUAUCUCAACCACAAAAUUCUGGCAGGAACCCAGAUGGUGGACCUGGGGUCAGUGAACCCUGCUGUAGUGACCGCAGACCCGACUGCCGGUAGGCCUCCACUCAUCUCCCCAGCCUCGGUAGCUGGAGGCAAAUCGACACGAAGAGCGUCCGUGGACGACAUCGAUAUCACACACCGAGAAAACGCAAAGCUCCUGAAGCAAACGCUGCAACUUUUGUUCUCUUCCGAAGUGCUGGUCUUCGCUGAGUUUGCUGAGUUCUCGUGCUCUGUGGUAUAUGGGCUCUACACGAUCACGCUCUACCACAUGCCGUACGCCAAGUACAACCUGUCGUUCAUUGGAUUGAGCGAGAAACAGUUUUGGAAAUCAGUGGGCAAUACCGCCGUUUACUGUGUUCUUGAAGGAUUUACGCUGCUGUUCCUCUUCACACUCAUGCGCGGAAAGUAUGGCAUAUCGACUUUGCACCAGCUCGCUUUCGUUCUGGAAAAGUAUUGGAUGAGCGUGCAAGGCAAAAUGUGCGGCAGCCUCUCGCUGAUUUUCAUCCUCAACACCGUUCAUCAUGGUACGCACAGGUUCUUGAUGAAUAGCUUUUUUCCGUACUAA